CCUUCUGGGGCAUUAUUGCAAGGUCCAUCUGUAGUUCAACUUCCUCGUUUGUGGUCUGAGACCAUGCCACCAGAGGAUCACAAGUGGAUUGGCAAAAGGCUUUUCAAAAUUGGAUCCAAAGGAAAGCCAGCACUUCGUGAUGACCUCCAGCUCUGGUAUUACCCCCCACAGCCAGCACUUAUUUACAAUCAGGCUCCAGCUCCAGACAGAUUCUUUUGUCAUUCUCUUCUGCUGUGGAUGCCAUACAAGCUGUGGAGGGUUAAGGUUCUCUGUCCCAAUCCAGCCUGCGGACAACAUCAGCUGACAGGAGGUGGUCUGCACAAAAGGGCACGGCAGGUUCUAGACAUUGACAGAACAUACAAUAUGGUCACAGAAACCCUUAUCUGUACCAAGUGUAGAGCCUCGCAUGUGUCCUGGAGUCAGACUGUCCUGCAACAGCUAGAUCUGGGCCAUCGCUCUGAGUUUCAGGUCAUCCUCACGCGGAAGUACGCCUGUGAUAUGCGGGUCAUCAGGCUCUUGCGUGAGCGUGGCUUAGGCAAUAGUCCCACGCGGGUGAUAAAGCAGCUGCGUGAAAACCACAGCGAGCAGUGGCUCCAUCGUCUGGCCCGGUACACCACCCAAUGUGUUGACUUCCUCAAUCAACCCGGGGUGAUGCCAGUAAAAUUCCAGGAGCCCCCAGAGCCUACGGUGGUGCCAAGCUGCAAGUGGUUGCUCACCGUUUACAGCCAAGACAUUCUGACCAGGCUGGAUGAAAUCCAUGCAAGGAUAACAUCCACCUAUGGCUCUGUCUUGAAGAUGGAUUCUACUAAAAAGAUCACCAAGAAGCUGGCUGGGACAGCGAGGGGAACGGGACUCUGGCUUACCUCUGUUGGCAACGAGUUUGGUCAGGUGCUCAUAAGUGUGCUGACAGCCCAGGAAGGAGCAGGACUUGACAUGAUGGUAGACGGUCUGGUCAAAAGAUACCAGCAGGCUGGUCGAGGAUUGCCUUGGGGUGUACAACUGAUGCCCAGCAUCUUUGAAUGGGAUGCAGCUGACGUCUCUAUCCUUCGCAAAGCAAAGAGAGAGCUGUUGAUGUCCCAGGGUUGGCCUGCGCUGACAGAUGAAGAUGUAAACAAGCAUCUGACCAGAGAGGAGCUGGCUCUACAUUGCCGGAGGAGGACCCGUGGAGAGGAGACUACCAUGCUUCUCCUUGAACAACUGUUGACAGAGCUCCUGAGCAGCAAGGGCAAUGACUCUCUGGGUGUUCCUCUCUUGGAUCCAGAAAGGAUGGAGCACAUCUGGUGUGUCCAAAAGAAGCACAUCAAGUGUAUCCAAGACCCUCUUGGUGUUUCCCUCUAUACUGAGACCGGGAGCUUAACCAAGGGAGGGAGCAGUGCAAACCGUCUGAACUUUCAGAUUUAUUUGUUGGAGGGUCUACACAGGUGGAACCAGGAUCGGGAGGCAGCUUCCAUGUCAUCGGAGCCAUCAGCUUUACGCAGCUACACAGGAGAACUUGUUCACUGUGUAAACAGCAAUUAUGAAAAGCUGUUUGGCAGGAAAGUGGUCCCCACGUUUUGUCCCCCUGCACGUUACACUGGUAAAAUAAUUUAUUUGUGA